AUGCCUAUCGCAAAAAUUUCACCUUCUAUGUUAUCCAGCGAUUUUGCUUCACUUUCAGCUGAAGCCAAUCGUAUGGUCAAAAAUGGUGCUGAUUGGUUGCAUAUGGACGUUAUGGAUGGACAUUUCGUUCCUAAUAUAACAAUUGGAGCCCCCGUGAUUCAAUCCUUACGAAAACAUACUGAUGCAUUCUUGGGCAAAUUGCCAUUUGAUGGUAUCAAAUCCAGAACAGAUGACUUUGCGAAAGCGGGAGCUUCAAUGUAUUGUUUUCACAUAGAAGCAACAAAUGAACCUGAAGCUUUAAUUGAAAAGAUUAAGAAAGCAGGAAUGAAAGUUGGAGUAGCUGUUAAACCAAAGACUCCAAUAGACACUGUUUAUUCUUUGGUUGACAAAAUUGACAUGUGUUUAGUAAAAGAAUUAAGAGAAAAAUUCCCUGAACUUGAUAUUGAAGUAGAUGGUGGACUUGCUCUUGAUACAAUAGAUCAAGCUGUUCAAGCAGGUGCUAACGUCAUCGUAGCCGGAACUUCAGUAUUUAAAGCUGAAAAUCCUAAAGACGUUAUCUCAACUUUUAGGGAAAAAGUUAAUACAGUACAAAAAUCAUAA